CGCCGUCGCGCGCCGUCGUCGUCGUCGCGAAGACGAUGGGGACGAUAAACCCCGCGUCGAUCAUCAUGGCGCCCAUGAUCGCCUUGGCCGGCGGCGACGCCGCGCGACGACUCGUCCGGAACGCGAUGCAGCACGAGGGCCGCUCCCGAAUGAUGAAGAUCUUCUUCGCCGUGAUCCCCGUCCCGGAGCAGUUCUACGCCCGCUACAAAGACCUCGAGCUCAUCAACACGCGACGGAUCAUCGGGAUCGCGACCGCGGUCUUAUACGCCGCGGUCGCGAUUUCCUUCGCGGUCGGCCUGUGGUUCUACUACACCAUCAAGGUGAAUCACACGCUCGUCUCCGCGUGGGAAUGGUCCGUCUCAGGAUACGACUGCAAGCCGCUUUCCGGGGACGAGUUCUAUGGAAACACGUACACCUACGCGGAGUGCCAGGCCAACUAUCGCCCGGUCUCCGAGGAUUCGAUCGACUUCACGAAGCGCGCGGUCGGCAGGAGGUUCGGGAACGCGUGGAAGGCCACUGGGGGUGGGUCGCUAAUCGUGGCCGCGGACGGAUACGGAAGCGUGUCCUACAACCCGUUCGCGACGCAAAACAGCGAAGGCUUACAGGCGAAGUACCUCUCGACCGAGCCCGAGGAUACCCACGAAGCCAGCCCGUUCACGCCCGAUGGACGCGGCGGGUGGUACGGCGACGACGCCGUGAACUCCGCGGCGAACGUCGCGACGGGGAAGUACAUCUACCUCGAACCUGGAGAUCACUUCGUCGGCAUUUGCGCGCCGAGCGGCGGGGCACUCUAUCUGGAUGACUCUACCACGCAAAGUGUGACCGCGGGGAUAGAUUGCACAACGGACGCCUUGGACGCCGCGUACAAAGCGACCUGGGUCGCCAUGUUCGAGAAGGUCAUGGAGACGUACGGCGACGUGUGUCACUACACGUACUCGAACAGGCCGUUCCUGUGCACGAAGAACGAGCGGCAGCACUGGCUCACGAUUUUCGCGCUCGCGAAUAACAUAAGCGCGCUGCUGUACACCUUCCUCGCGAUCGCGCUCAUCAAGGCCGUGAGAGGAAAGCCGACGGACCGCGGGGAGACGAAACACUGGGUGAAACGGUUGCCGUUACCCCCCGAGCUGUACAACGAGCAGUACGACCUCACGUUCGUGACGGGGGACGUCUUCGCCAGCGUCGUCACGGCGGUGAUUUACGUCGUCACCGCGGCGUCGUUUAUGUUCUUCUUCUUUUUUUAUUCGGACGAGAACAACUACGACGCGACCGAGAUUCUCACGAGCGAGUACGAGGUAAAUGGGUUCGAAUGCUUCCCGACGGAAGCGCACACCGGUUUCCGGACGACGCACUCGUACGAUCAGUGCGUGGAGGAACUCAAGCAGAGGCCCCCGAGCGCGGCCACCGUCACGUUCCAGACUAAUUAUGGCAGCGAAGACGCCACGCAUACGCAAGUGUAUAACUCCUUGUGGAUGCCGUUCAAGAAAAUGGAGGAAGACGCUGAGUUCCUCGCCGAGAGCACGUGGGGCAAUUUCGAGCUGAUUCCCGGGUCGUAUCUCGAAGACGUGACCGAGCCCACCGAGAUCGCGGCGAACUCUUUACUGAGCUUCGGCGUCAAAGCGUGGACGACGACCGGGGCGACGCGGAAGUGGUUCUCGCGCCACGCCGGUUGGCCCGCGAACGUGUACAUAUCUCGGUCGAGCGCGUGGUCGGACCACGACGGGUCGAAAGAUGCGGCGAUCGCCGCCUGGGUGAAGGUCGCGGAUCACAUCGGGGAUAAACUGUGCGACUACACGAAGGAGCAACCGCCGUACCAAUGCGUUGAGGAUUUGAACCUGUUCAGCGUGAAUAACAUCCUGAAUUCGCUCGCGCUCGCGUUCGGUCUCGCGCAGCUCAUCUACGCCAUCUUGAGCUACCUCGCGGUGAUUUUCUUCGCGGAACGGAACCGCAUGAGCAAGCAGCCGAUUCGUUCGUUGAAACCAGAGCGCACGUGGCUGUCGCGCGUCCCCGUGCCAGAGAAAUUUUACGAGCUCAACGCGCUCGAUUUAAUCGCCAAACCGAUGAUCGUCUUCUCGGCGUUCAUGGGCAUGGCAGUCGUCGGCGCGCUCGCGUUUUACUUCACGUACAUCAUCUACGACGCGCAGCGGUUCACGGAUACGGCAACCGUGGACGGGUACCAGCUCGACGGGUACACGUGCAAGCCGACGGCGACGGCGCGGUACGGCUCGCAGACGGCGGGGCUUCCGCCGUGGACGUACGCGGAGUGCGUCGCGAAACUCGAAGCGCCGACGGUCGAGAACUCCGGUCUGAACGACCUCUCGAAAUUGACACCGGCCGGGGAUACGUUUGACAGCUAUCCUUCUAAUGUCGCCGGGACGACGACGUACGCUAAUAACCUGUACAGCACGCCGUUCGACCAACCCGUGCGGUUCGCGCCGUGGGGGAAAGCCCUCCCCGGAUUCGACUGGUACCGAGGGUGCACGAGCGACUGCGAGCCGUCGUGCGAGUGGUCGCACCCCGCCGGCGACACGCGGUACGACUGGGGGCAGACGUUUAACUGCAAGCACGGGGUCAAGACGUGGGACGCGCCCUACGCGUCCUUCGACGCAUACUUCACCGCUAAGAUGACCGCGUGGAAGUCGUCGUUCGACGGCUCCGGUCUGACGUUAGAGAACGACCCUCGAUUCGGCAUCUACAUCAAGUACGCGAACGCGGCCGCGAAAAAAGAGUCGGAGGUUGUCGCGCAGUUCACGAGCAUUUACCAGACGCUCGGGGAAGAGCGUCUGUGCGCGUGGACCAACGCCAUCACGCCGCAGGCGUGCGAGAGGGAGACGAAGAACGACGUGCUGACGGUGCUGUCGCUCGCGUUCGCGAACGCGGAGCUCGCGGCGAUGACGUGGAUCACGUUGAUUCCGAUCUUCAUCAUGAGGUGCUGCGGGACGAAGAGCACGUAUCGCGAGCGCGUCGAGGCGCCGCCGCCGGAGCCGCGGCCGAAUCGCGGACCUACGAUGUUUCUGGUGCCGACGCCGUCGUCGAAGGAAGAGCUCGAGGCGAGGCAGAGAGCCGAGCGCGAGGCUGCGGAGAAGCACAACGCGGAGAGGAAGGCCGCGAAGGAGGCGGCGAAGUUGGAGAAGAAGGCGUCGAAGAUGGAGCGCGCGGCGUCGAAGAAGAAGCCGGAGGGGGAGGAUCCGAGCACCGCGGUGUAAUAACCCCCGGGGGCGGGGGGGGGGGGAACAGAGGGGUGGGGAGAACGUUUUUUUUGCUUUUGCUUUUGUUUUUUCGUUUUUUUAUUUUUUGAUCUUCUGCUGGUUUUAAAGUUUUACUAGUGGGUUUUAGUUGCGCCAAAAUCGGGUCUAAAAUCGGGUGGAAAAUC